AUGCCUGCCACGGACGGCAUGACAACGGAACAAAACAACAAGGACGAAUUUGCUGCUGAAUACGAACUACAGACACUACAGCAACUUCCGCACGCAAAAGGCUAUCCAGCCACUGAUUGCAUAUCAUAUCCCCCUUGUCCACCCAGUCCACCCAAAGAUCUGGACAGUGCUCAUUGGAACGGCGAUCGAAUCACACAAGCGUCGACAUCCACUACACCGAUCGAGUACCCCCGACGGUUGAUCACUCCUGCAGGCUAUCAUCUUGGACCUCACGGUGAAGGCUGGCAGUCAACGAGGUCAUCUUUGUCAAGGUUCCACCAUGACUAUUCUACCUUGUCUUUGCCAAGGAGAGACAAUCUCAAGAAUAUGGGCUUCGGCGGGUGUUUGGUAGUGCCAACACCAAGGGAAAGGCCGGAUUACCAGGUUGUGGCGGAAUAUCAAGGGCUCAAGCUUGGACGCGUCAGUGACGCUGUCCCGUAUCUACUCGGCCCGCGUAGUAUAAUCGACAGAAUCCAAGCAGUCUUGGAACACGAGGCCAAGUUUCCUGCAACGAUAUAUGACGACAACUACCUAUCAGGGAAUGCAUCGCCGGAAUAUACUGACCGCGACAAGGCAUUAAUAGCCAUCCUAUCAUCCCUUCGCGUCCCAGAGUAUGUCCGGCUCGAAAAGGGGGAUUGGUAUCCCCAAGGCCUAGCCGCCAGAUUCGAUGCGCUCCUCCUCUACAAGCACACAGCCAAAAGCGGCGUCAAAACCGCCCACGUGACAAUAUCCGAGUUCCACCAGAUGGCCCAAAUCUGGCUUCUCCUGCCAAACCCAGCACUCGUGCACGGCGACUACGCAAACGUCAAGAACCACUGGAUCGACAUUGCUUCCAAGCUGCGCGAGCGCGACGUGGACAUUUCGAAAAUCGAUCUCGACCUCUACCAAGCCCUGACGCUCAAGCUGGAGGGCGAGCAGCUCGCAUCCAAGCUCGAUGAAAUUGCCCGAUGGGCCCGAGACGGUACGCUCGACCAGCGCUACGACCAAUACAUGCAGACUGUUGCAACGCAAAACACCAUGACGAUUGCGCGUAGCAUCGCAGCCGCCUCGUCAUUGUCACACACCGACGCGCGGUACUCCAAGCGCUUCACCCACAAGUAUCCGCAGGGCCACACUGCGCAGCAGCGCGGUGCCGCCAUGGAUGCGGAGCAGAUCAAGAAGCAAAAGGAGGUCGCCAAGAUGAAUGCUCUGCGGGAGAAGAAGCGCAAGAGGAGGAAUAAGUGCUUCUUUGUUGCCUUUAUGGUUUUGCUGUUUGGCGGCGCUGUGGGGUCCAUGCUUUGGGCUAUGGGGACUAGGCGCUGGGAUUUCACGCAGGGAGGUGGGCAGACGGGAUAG